UAUAAGUUCUGUUAAAGGUCUCCUAUACGAGCUAUAGAUUACCUGCUGUCCAAGUAGGUGUUUAUCCAACUCCUGUUCACCUGAUUGCCCCCCCUAACACCAGAUAGAAAACUUGGUCGACCAAGACCAACCUCCACUUCGUAUACUCUUCUCUUCUAUUUCACCAGCCAUGACCUUCACCAGAUGCAUCUCACGGUCGAUAGAAAGCGCCCAGCAGCCAGUUCUGCACGUUGAAGUGCGUGUCAAGCGUAACGACGGAGUCAUUGUCCGUACUGACCUAGUAUGUCUGUCCCUCCUCGUGUCUCAACUCCAUUUAUAUAUAUCAUCUUUGAUGCUGAGUUAUAAAUAAGAUCAGGGACGAGGUUACCCAGUGGCUUAUCGAUAAUUUUGUAGUCCUCAACCUCGGACAGGAGAUCAACGCGUUUGGUAUCACCACUAUUGUAUUGGAUCCUUUUGCGCGCCUGAAUCUAACACGGAACAGAUGGCCUCAAAGAUCCACAUGCUCAAGCCCUGGAGUCCAUUCUAGUCACAGAAUGUACUGGAGGCAAUCUCGAGUCAGGAGCAUAUCGCCUUCAGAACAUCGAACUUGACGUUCAGGCAUACCAGCUUCGGGGACUGGCCGAGCAGGGAAGCUCUCAACAGACCCAGCAUCUGGAUGACCACACUGAGAAUGGUGAUGAUGUACCCAGAGCAAAAGUGCUGACACUACCAAAUGAGGAGCUGGAUGGACUUUGGGAGUCCCUUCAGUUCGACCAGCCGAUUCACUGCACACUGCUCCGAGCCAUAAGCAGAAUGGUAUCACUUUCGUCUCGGAAACUGAACAGAUGGUCAAUCAACUGGAACAGAUUGGUACUCCUAUGGGGACCUCCAGGCACUGGGAAAACAAGCCUAUGGUGAGUACAGUGAGCACUAUCCUUCACAUAGUGUGCUAAUCAACGCGAGUAGUCGGGGACUUGCUCAGAAACUUGCGAUACGCCUUGGCAAAUACUAUCCGCAAAGCAAGUUGGUCGAGAUCAACGCACACUCGCUUGGAAGCAAGUUUUUCAGUGAAAGUGGAAAGCUGGUUGGGAAGAUGUUUGAGAGCAUCGAAUCGAUCCUUGAGGAAGAAGAAGACACUUUCGUGUGUGUGUUCGUGGAUGAGAUUGAGACACUUGCAGCGCGGAGGGAACAGAUGAUAAGUGGAAGCGAGCCAUUCGAUGCCGUACGUGCUGUCAAUGCUCUGCUCACAGGACUGGAUCGACUGAGACGCUAUCCGAACAUCGUCGUUGUCUGUACGAGCAACCUAGUCGGGGCGCUGGUAGGUGCUGCUUUCAGAAACUCGUCUUCUCCAGCAUUGACAUGUUCUCUCCAGGACGCAGCUUUUCUCGACAGAGUUGAUAUCAAGCAGUUUAUGCCUCAUCUAUCCGUAAAGGUGAUCUAUGGUAUCUACAAGGACUGUCUAGAGGAAUUGAGUCGAUCCGGGAUCAUUGAGGGAGCCUCAUUUGAUGUCGUCCAACUCAACCCGGAGGAUCCGCAGACACCACUGCAGUAUGUGGAAAAGCCGAUGGAGUAUUUGAUGCUUCCAACGUUCGAGGAGAUGCUGCUUAACUACCAAAUGUUCCCCGCGGCUGUUCCGAAGAAGCUGGCAGAUUUGGCUAAAGAGAGUGAGGGUCUCAGUGGCCGGACACUCCGGCGGCUGCCAGCGUUGUCUUUAGUACUGUACACGCAUUGCACCCUGUGCAGUGUUAGCAAGGCGUUGGAGGCACUGGGGGCAGGGAUAGCGGCGGAAGGGCAGGCAAGGGCAGGAGAGCCAGGACGAGCAUGACUGUA